AUGGCCGACGUCGAAAUGGCUGACGCUACUACUGCACCUGCUGCAUCGAAGCCCAAGACUCCGGUCAAAAGCUCAAAGUCCGGGACUGUUGAAGGAGGUGAUGGCAAGAAGAGAUUCGAAGUCAAGAAGUGGAACGCAGUAGCUCUCUGGGCUUGGGACAUCGUGGUUGAUAACUGUGCAAUUUGCAGAAAUCAUAUCAUGGAUCUCUGCAUCGAAUGUCAAGCAAACCAAGGUGCCGCCACUACAGAAGAGUGCACUGUCGCAUGGGGGAUUUGCAAUCAUGCCUUCCACUUCCACUGUAUCUCGCGCUGGUUGAAGACAAGACAAGUCUGCCCCCUCGACAACAGAGAUUGGGAGUUCCAAAAAUACGGUCGAUAA